AAAAGUUAGUGUAAUAUCAAAAUGAGAAUCGUCACAUGUUUGACGCUUCUCACGCUCCUUGCUUUUGGAGCUGUAGCAGACAACGAAUACCUUGGAUUAUUAAAUGGAAAAUUGGAAUUUGGAAACGCACCGCUGGAUCUGGAACCUGCCAAUAAGCAGUCGCAGGUGCCUUCGUUAUGGGAAUUAAAAAACCAACUGGAGUUACAAUUCCAAUCAGAGUCAAAAACAAGACAGGUCGAAUUUAUUCCGGUACAGCUAGAAUCGCUGGCUAUUAAACCGCAACUAGAGACAAGACCUCAGUACGUGUUGGCUACCUCCACUAACGAGCCAGAUGUCAAUCUUUCCACCGAUAUAUCUGCUCAAUUACUAAAUGUGGUCCAAUUCCAAACGAAGUCUCCCAUAUGGAUUAUCCGUGUUCCGCCAAGCCAGUCGCCAUUGUACCUGGUCUUAGUUCCCCAAAAUAAUAAUCUAACCCAAAGCUUGGCCCAACAACUCAUAGCUCAGCAAGAGUCCCGAAAUCUAGAGGAAGAUCGCUUAACUCUAUCAUCUUACACUCUCGCACAGUUGGAGUCUCAAAUUCAAAAUGUGGCUGCCCAAAUACGUGAUCUUCAGUCUGCCUCACAGACAGAAGAAUAUCAGUCAGAGUCUCAGUCUCAGUCACAAAAUCAAACAACACAGAACUCACUGGAAUUGCUUGGCUCUCAAUCACAGUCUCAGUCACAAAACCUAUCUGUAGAGAGCUCAGCUCAAUUAAUUGACUCUCAAUCACAGUCUCAAUCACAAAAUCGAACUUCACAGAACUUACUGGAAUUGCUUCGCUCUCAAUCACAGUCUCAGUCUCAAAACCAAUCUGUAGAGAGCUCAAACCAAUUAAUUGACUCUCAGUCACAGUCUCAAUUACAAAAUCAAACUGUGCAGAACUCACUGGAAUUGCUCGGCUCUCAGUCACAGCCUCAGUCGCAAAACCAAACUGUACAGAACUCACUGGAAUUACUGUCACAAUCUCAAUCACAAAACCAAACUAUACAGAGGUCAACCCAAUUAAUUGACUCUCAAUCACAGUCUCAACUACAAAAUCAAAGUGUACAGAACUCACUGGAAUCGCUCGAAUCUCAGUCACAGUCACAAAACCAAUCUGAGGAGAGCUCAGCCCAAUUAUUUGGCUCUCAAUCACAGUCUCAGUCACAAAACCAAUCUGUAAAGAGCUCAGACCAAUUAAUUGACUCCCAAUCACAGUCUCAGUCGCAAAACCAAACUUUACAGAACUCACUGGAAUUACUUGGCUCUCAAUCUCAGUCACAGUCUCAAAACCAAUCUGAGGAGAGCUUAGCCCAAUUACUUGGCUCUCAAUCACAGUCUCAGUCACAAAACCAAUCUGAGGAGAGCUUUGCCCAAUUACUUGGCUCUCAAUCACAGUCUCAAUCACAAAACCAAUCUGUAGAGAGCUCAGCUCCAUUACUUGGCUCCCAAUCACAGUCUCAAUCACAAUAUCAAACUGUACAGAAUUCACUGGAAUUGCUUGGCUCUCAGUCACAGUCUCAGUCACAAAACCAAUCUUUACAGAACUCACUGGAAUUACUUGGCUCUCAAUCACAGUCUCAAUCACAAAACCAAUCUGAGGAGAGCUCAGCUCAAUUACUUGGCUCCCAAUCACAGUCUCAGUCGCAAAACCAAACUGUACAGAAUUCACUGGAAUUACUUGGCUCUCAAUCACAGUCUCAGUCACAAAACCAAUCUGUAGAGAGCUCAGCUCAAUUACUUGGCUCUCAAUCACAGUCCCAAUCACAAAACCAAUCUGUAGAGAGCUCAGCUCAAUUACUUGGCUCCCAAUCACAGUCUCAAUCACAAAAUCAAACUGUACAGAAUUCACUGGAAUUGCUUGGCUCUCAGUCACAGUCUCAGUCGCAAAACCAAACUGCACAGAAUUCACUGGAAUUACUUGGCUCUCAAUCACAGUCUCAGUCACAAAACCAAUCUGUAGAGAGCUCAGCUCAAUUACUUGGCUCUCAAUUACAGUCUCAAUCACAAAACCAAUCUGUAGAGAGCUCAGCUCCAUUACUUGGCUCCCAAUCACAGUCUCAAUCACAAUAUCAAACUGUACAGAAUUCACUGGAAUUGCUUGGCUCUCAGUCACAGUCUCAGUCACAAUACCAAUCUUUACAGAACUCACUGGAAUUACUUGGCUCUCAAUCACAGUCUCAAUCACAAAACCAAUCUGAGGAGAGCUCAGCUCAAUUACUUGGCUCCCAACCACAGUCUCAAUCACAAAAUCAAACUGUACAGAAUUCACUGGAAUUGCUUGGCUCUCAGUCACAGUCUCAGUCGCAAAACCAAUCUUUACAAAACUCACUGGAAUUACUUGGCUCUCAAUCUCAGUCACAGUCACAAAACCAAUCUGAGGAGAGCUUAGCCCAAUUACUUGGCUCUCAAUCACAGUCUCAGUCACAAAACCAAUCUGUAGAGAGCUCAGCUCAAUUACUUGGCUCCCAAUCACAGUCUCAAUCACAAAAUCAAACUUUACAGAAUUCACUGGAAUUACUUGGCUCUCAAUCACAGUCUCAGUCGCAAAACCAAACUGUACAGAAUUCACUGGAAUUACUUGGCUCUCAAUCACAGUCUCAGUCACAAAACCAAUCUGUAGAGAGCUCAGCUCAAUUACUUGGCUCUCAAUCACAGUCCCAAUCACAAAACCAAUCUGUAGAGAGCUCAGCUCAAUUACUUGGCUCCCAAUCACAGUCUCAAUCACAAAAUCAAACUGUACAGAAUUCACUGGAAUUGCUUGGCUCUCAGUCACAGUCUCAGUCACAAAACCAAUCUGUAGAGAGCUCAGCUCAAUUACUUGGCUCCCAAUCACAGUCUCAAUCACAAAAUCAAACUUUACAGAAUUCACUGGAAUUACUUGGCUCUCAAUCACAGUCUCAGUCACAAAAUCAAACUGUACAGAGCUUACUCGAAUUACUUGGCUCUCAAUCACAGUCUCAGUCGCAAAAUCAAACUGUCCAGAGCUCAGCCCAAUUACUUGGCUCUCAAUCACAGUCUCAAUUACAAAAUCAAUCUGAACAGGGCCCAGCGCAAAUAAUUCUCUCUCAGUCACAGUCGCAGACCCAAACGAGUAUCAAUAAUAUAAACAACACAGUAAACAUAAAUAAUUAUAUCAAUCAGACAAUAAUAAAUAAUCCCCCGCCCUUCUUUACGUUAAGCGACAUUGAAGACGAUUCCAAGCUUCAAACGUUCGGCUUGAUCGAGAAGUACGGGUACCCAUCAGAGACCCGCUGCCUUUACACUGAAGACGACUACAAGAUCUGCCUGCACCGUAUUCCCCGGCCCGGAGCUACACCCGUGCUCCUCGUUCAUGGCUUGAUGUCGAGCUCGGUCUCUUGGGUGCAAUACGGUCCGUCGAAUGGCCUGGCCUACAUCCUGUACCGGAAGGGCUACGACGUUUGGAUGCUCAACACCAGGGGUAAUAUUUACUCCCGGGAGCACAAGGUCAAGAACUUGAAGCCGCGGCAGUACUGGGACUUCUCUUUCCACGAGAUUGGCAAGUACGAUUUGCCGCCUGCAAUCGACUUGAUCCUGCAGGUCACGAACCAGCAAAAGCUCCAGUAUAUCGGUCACUCCCUGGGUUCCACCGUUUUCUUCGUUAUGUGCAGUGAGAGACCCGAGUACGCCACGAAGGUGAACCUAAUGCAAUCCCUUGCGCCAACGGUGUACCUGCAGGAUACCCGCAGUCCAGUGUUAAAGUUCCUGGGAAUGUUCAAGGGCAAGUUUUCGAUGCUCGUUAACCUUUUGGGCGGCUACGAGAUCUCAUCGAACACGAGACUCAUCAAGCAAUUCCGAGAUCACAUUUGCACCACCUCGGAGCUGGCCAGUCGCAUCUGCGCCAUCUUUGACUUCGUGCUCUGUGGCUUCGACUGGAAGAGCUUCAAUGAGACCCUCACCCCCAUCGUGGCGGCUCAUGCCUCUCAGGGCGCCUCCGCCAAGGAGAUUUACCACUACGCACAGAUGCAUGGCAAUCAUAACUUCCAACUCUUUGACCACGGCCGCCUUCUGAAUCGCAUCCGGUACAAUGAUCACGAACCGCCCAGGUACAACCUAUCGCUGGCGGUUACCAAGGUCGUUCUUCACCACAGCGCUGGCGACUGGCUGGGUGUCAACUCUGAUGUGGACCAUCUAAAGCAAAUGCUGCCAAACCUCGUCGACAGCAGGAAGGUCCAGAACGAGAGCUUCGCGCACUAUGACUUUACGAUCUCGAAGGAUGUGCGCCCGCUGGUCUAUGACAGCGUUCUCGGUCAUCUUAAUAAUCAUCGUUACCCUUAAAAAUAGGUUCUUAGUUAUGUCACUAAGAAUAUGAUAUUAACCAAAUAAAUAAGGAAACAAAUAGCUUUCCGUUGCUGUCAGGACUAUAA